CUCUCAUCUCACGACCACCCACAGAUGCACGCCGCCGCUGCCGCGCUGCUCGUCCCCUACCUCCUCGCCAGCUCGGCGCUCGCCGAGCCCGUUCACCUCCCACUCCGCCACAAGCUCCGAUAUGACGAUGAGCACGACUACGGCCUCGGCAAGCGCGAUUCCCAGAGAACGGGUAUCGCAGCUUGGGGUGCCGACGCGGUGUACUCGGUCCCCAUCACGUUUGGCACCCCGUACCAAAUGCUCGACCUCGUCCUCGACUCCACCCUGAUCAACACUUACGUCUUUGAGAACACGUGCCUCACCUGCGCCGGGUACAUGACCUUCGAGGUGAACAAGAGCACGACGUGGGUGCCGUCCGAUGUCAACCCCAUCGCUGGGUCGGGGGACGUCGGCACUGAUGUGGUCGGGGUGUGGCUCCUGCCUGGCCAGAACACAAACUAUACGUUUGGCGCCGUCAACACCACUGUCUACGCGGAUCUGCCGAAGGGCUUCGUCCUCCCGCCCAACCUCACCGUCUCGGGCAACCUCGGCAUGGGCCCCACCCCCGCCAACGGGAGCCACCACAACCCGCUCCUGUACAACCUGGCGCAGAACUGGACAGACAAGGUAUACGGUGUCAAGCUCGACCGCACGCGCUACUCGUUCAACGACAACAUCUUCGCCAACACCGAGAUCCCAGGCGGCAUCCUCACCCUCGGCGGGGUGGACAACAGCGUGCUCGCGUCCAACAUCUCCUUCCUCCCCGUUGUCAACAUCUCCCACUCGUACCAGGUCUGGGCGGUGCCUCUGGACGGCAUCAACAUUGCCGGCGUGCCCGUGCGCGCCGUGCAGACGCAGCCACUCGUCGCCUUCCCCGACAUGGUGGGGCAGGCCAUCAUCGGGACGCACGCCGUCGUCGGGGAGCUGUACUCGCACGUGCCUGGCGCGCUGCUCCUAAAGUCGGGGUGGAACUCGACCGUGUGGUCCGCCAACGCGUGGGUCUUCCCCGCGUCCUCGAUCGGCAUCGGCACCGACACGAACGGCACCACGCCCAAGGCGAGUAUCGGCCUCGAGAUCAUCCUCGGCGGCAAGGCGUACCCCGUUGCCGACGUCGACUUUGCCAUCAAGCUCAUCACGCCGUCCGAGCUCAUCAGCAGAUGGGGCGCGACGCAGGCCCAGGCAGCCGCGGCGCCGCUCUGGGUCAUUGGCGGCGUGCAAGAGCUCGAGCCUUGGCCGCGUGGGCUGCCGAUUGGCUUCGGGCUCGGGCUUAGUUUCCUGCGUAACGUCUACACGGCGUACAGGUUCAGCCCGGACUCGGUCGGGUUCGGGCACCUGACGUACGACGCUGGAGCUCCAGUGGUCAUGGGCCCUGGCACGCCACGGAACAUCAGCGACGUGCAGCCGUCGAGUCCUUCGGGUGCGCAGGCGACGCCGUCGUCCACAGCCAAGGCCAGCAAAGGGGCGACCAAGCGCGCGAAUGUGAUAUUCGGCCUUGUCGCUGCCGCUGUUGCUGUUUGGAUUGCUGUCUGA